UACACUCCCUAGAGACGGACAAGAAUACACGCCAUGAUGAACGAUUCCUACAUCUCCGACGAUGAGGAAGACCUUGAAUGUCCCCUCUGUAUGGAGGAGAUGGAUCUGUCGGAUCGGAACUUCAAGCCGUGUCCCUGUGGUUACCAGGUGUGUCGGUUCUGCUGGAACCACAUUCGGGAGAACCUCAAUGGACGCUGUCCUGCUUGUCGUCGACUGUAUUCCGAGGAAACUGUCGAGUUUAAGCCGAUGACGGCCGAGGAGUACAAGACGGAUCAGAACCGUCUACGACGUGUGCAAAACGAGAAGAAGUUGAAGGAGAAGGAGCGUCGCGAAAUGGAGGCAGCUUCGCGCAAGCAUCUUGCCAACAUGCGCGUUGUCCAGAAGAACCUCGUCUAUGUUACCGGUCUUUCGCCCAAGAUUGCGAACGAGGAAUUGCUGCAAACGUUGCGCGGGCCCGACUACUUCGGACAGUACGGCAAGAUCUCGAAGAUUGUUAUCAACAAGAAGAAUCCCACCGCUAUGUCUCCAGCAGCUUCUGCUGUUGCGCAUGCAUCUGGACAGAUUGGCCCCUCGGGCACCCUCGGUGUUUAUAUCACGUAUGCUACGAAGGAGGCAGCCGCUCGUGCCAUUGCUGCGGUGGACGGUUCGGUGAACGAUGGUCGUAUUCUCCGGGCUUCCUAUGGAACUACCAAGUACUGCUCUGCAUACCUCCGCAACCAGCCAUGUCCGAACCCGAACUGCAUGUACCUCCACGAACCUGGAGAGGAUAUCGAAUCUUACACCCGCGAGGAUCUUUCG